UUUGCAAAGUUCUUGUCUCUGAGUAGUCCAGAGUUCUGUGUGGUAGGAACUGAGUUUCCUCUGCGUGUGUGUUUUAGAGAGGGCUGGGAAGUUUGCACAUGCUGUGAAAGCAGAGAGAAGUGUGGGUUUCCAUACAUGAAAAAGGCUCAUUUUGGCUUUUUGAGGCAGUGAGCACUGGAAGGGGGAGAGGAGGAGGAGGAGCAGUAGGGGGUCAAGCUGUGUGGUUUAAUCGGAUUAGGACAGAUUCUGCUGAUGAAUUAAAAAUCUUGCAAGUAGUCUGAAGAGCCCAGCAAGGGAGUUGGCUGCAGAGGAAGUCGCUACUUUGGGAAAUUGGAAUAGAGUCACAGAAAAAGUACGGCUUUUCUUGGGAGCAGCAAUGCCAGCAAUCAAUAUAGAAGAUCUGAGUGAGAAGGAUAAACUGAAAAUGGAAGUGGAACAGCUCCGGAAAGAAGUCAAGUUGGAAAGGCAACCUGUUUCUAAAUGUUCCGAAGAAAUUAAAAAUUACAUUGAAGAAAGAUCUGGAGAAGACCCUCUGGUGAAAGGCAUUCCUGAAGACAGGAAUCCAUUUAAAGAGAAAGGAGGAUGUAUUGUUGCUUAGAUUAGGAGAAUACUGUUAAGCAAUUUUGAAACUGGAAUAAAAAGCAUUGUUGGGAAUUAGCCUGUUUUAAGUUCCAAGAAUCCUUAUUAAAUAAACACAGAGAAACUGAAUUUUUACCAGAAAGAAAGUAUCUGCUGAUGAAUUUUUCCCUGAAGCAGAUUCUUGCUAAAUACAUUCCUAGAAACUGUUUCCUACUCUUUUAAUUUCCUGUGCUUGCUGAUUUUAAUAAUAAUAAAAUAUAUAUUUGUAUAACUUAA